AUGAAGUUGGCUGCAAUCUUCUUGGCUUCUUGUAUCUUAUUCUCCCUACUCCCAAUCCACUUUUCUCAAGGUGGAGAACCAAGAGUGACCGCUGCGCACAAAAGGCCGUGGUGUCCAUCGAAAAAGCAGGAGUUCACUGGUUCAUGCUCAAGCGAUGGAGCACAACAAUGUCUAAAUGACUUAUUAAGUACUUGGGAUCCAAGUGUUAGGCUUAGCCCUGUCUCCUGCAAUUGCACUCCUCAAUCCAACAACAUGCGUCUCUGCAAUUGUCCUAAUAUGAUUUGCCCCUAA